UUUAAACUGGACUCUAUCGCCACGUAAUAAAAUACGUUAUCGUUUGUCGCAGAGUCUCAAGUACGUCCGGUUGUAUUUUCAGUUUUAAUGUGUAAGUAUUAAGGUUGGCUUUUGUUUGCAGAUGGAGCUUGAGAGUGAGAUUAUGCGACGGCACGCGAACUAGAGAUGGCGCUGCUGUGUGGAGCCCUGGUGCUGGCUCUAGUGGGGUGUACAGGAUGCACGGACAACAUGAACGGCGUGAACACGGACAGCGUGCAAGAGCUGGACUACACGGACGUGGACCUGGGUCUGGCGCAGCGAGAACCACAUUUCGACGUGGCGUAUUCCAAGAACGUCACGGCACUGGUCGGGAAGACAGCGCAGCUUAACUGCAGAGUGCAUGAUCUUGGCAACAGAACUGUUUCAUGGAUCCGACACCGCGACAUCCACCUCCUGACGUCCGGACGGAUGACGUACACCUCGGACCAGAGGUUCCUCAGCGUCCACAAUCCUCACACAGAAGACUGGAUAUUGAAAAUAAGGUUCCCGCAGCGGCGAGAUUCGGGCAUCUAUGAGUGCCAAGUCGGCACUACCCCGCCCAUUGGUCACCGGAUGUAUCUUUCCGUCGUUGAACCGCUGACGACGAUUCUGGGAGGUCCGGACCUGUUCAUCAACAUGGGUAGCACCAUCAACCUGACGUGUGUGGUGCAGCACUCCCCUGAGCCUCCUCCGGCUAUUAGAUGGACACAUAAUGAAGAGGAAAUCAACUACGACUCCCCCCGCGGCGGGGUGUCGGUCAUCACAGAAAAGGGGGAGACGACCACGUCCCACCUUCUGGUGCAGCGGGCACGAGUGCCCGACACUGGGCGAUACACGUGCGCACCGGCCAACGCCAAUCCGAAAUCCGUGCAAGUGCACGUCCUUAGUGGAGAACACCCAGCAGCAAUGCAGCACGGGGGGCAGCUGCGCCUGCAGUACCCGCUCUCGGCGGCGCUGCUCAGCCUCAUCGUCACACUUAUGGGCUGCUAGCUGGACGUAUAAUGGCCUUGCUGAUCAUGCUUUUACU